AAUUACCUGUCUCGUUUCAAGUGUGUGGCGAAAACAUGGUGUGAUCUUUUUCAAAAUCCCACCUUUGUUUCUCAGCAUCUUAGCAUUAGCAAAAAGAAUAAGCGUCUUCUUGUUUAUUAUCACGAUGACAACAAUGAUAAUAUUUUUUUGCGUUUGUUUGUUGAUCAAAACCUUGUUUCUUACGAUUAUUUGCAUCAACAAUUGGCCUCACAUAUUCCUGAUCUCUAUGUUUUUGAGUUACGUGUGGAUAAUGGUUUAAUUUGUUUAUGUGAUGAAUACAAUUCUCGCAUAACUCUAUGGAAUCCCACCAUAAGAGAAUUCAGGAUUCUUCCCGAUUGUAAUCCAAACAUUCCACCAAAGGCAGAAACUUGUACACAUAUUCUUGGAUUUGGAUUGGAACCUUUGUCCAAUGAUUACAAGGUGAUUUAUAAGCCGUAUUAUCUGGAUUUAGAGAAGAAUAUUGUACGACCACCUCCACCUCGAUGUGCCGUUUACAGGAUAAGCACCGAUUCAUGGAGAGUAUUGAAAGAGGAAGAUGUUCAGUUCUUACAAGACCUAUCUAUUUCUUACAGCUCCGAUAACGCAUGUGUAAAUGGUGCUUACUACUGGGACAUGUUCAAGUUUGGCUCUGACAGAAAGAUCAUUGAAUUUUAUUUGAGCACUGAAGUUUUUCAAUUGAUAGAGUCACCUUGUCCUAAAUCUAGUGGGAAGCUGCUUCCGUUACAUGAUAGUAUAUCUUUCUGGGAUACUGAGAUGAGGGAUAAAAGUGAAAGAAGUAAUGAGGUUUGGGUGUUGAAUGAGGAUGGGCAGUGAACCGAACUUUUGAAGAUUGAACCUAUUUUAGAAGUUGAAAGGAUGUUCGGGUUUUGGAUCAAUGGUAAGGUAUUCGUAGAAUC